AUUGUUUUAAAGCAUACACGCUGAAAUUGUACCUUCAACUUCUCAAGAGGUAAUUCGGAUAGCGACGUAACCUCGUAGGAUGACAUAUGCUAUUUUGUUCACACUCGUUACCUUGUUAUAUAAGCUGAAGAUUUUCAUCCUGAAAAUAUUCCAAUUAAUAAUUUUGAAGCUCUCCAUUAAUGCGUACCUUCAGUCCUCAUGGUGCGAUCUUGAAAAGAAUAAUACAAAAUUGCCAAAAAUACCUCAACAUAUAUCAUUUGUUAUUUUUGAAGAAAUUUUCUCUGCACAAGAUAUUGCUAAUUUAAUAAUGUGGUGUUCUGCCAUUGGUGUUUCUUACCUGUCCAUGUCUGACAUGAAAGGCAAUAUCCUACACCUAAGAGAUAGUAUUGACGAAUUUGUCAAAGAAAUGGGAUUUGCUGUCGAGAGAAACAAGGAAUUCAAAUCUUCUGUGAAAUACAGUCCUAUGUUUUAUGCAUCAACAAUGCUAUCCCAAAUAACUGUCAAUUAUCUUAGUUGUGAUGAUGGGUUCGAUCAGAUAUGUAAGUCGGCGCGUCAUCUUAGCACUCACUGCGAUAAGUUAACUGACGAGAAAGUUGAUGAGACUAUAAAGGAAUUAACUAAAGUCCCAGACGUCGACCUCACGAUACAUUCUGGACUAUGUUCGAGUUUCUGUGGUUUACUUCCAUGGCAGAGCCGGUUUUCUGAGUUCAUACGAUGUCCUUCGGUCAGAGGCCUUCAGGAAUCUGAUUUCCAUCAGAUUAUGCACCGUUUUGGGACGGUAAAGCAACGUUGGGGUCGUUGAUUCAAUGCAAUUUAACCGUUGAGAUUAAAUAUUCGCGAUAUAUAGUCACAAGAAUCUUUUGUAGUAAUAGUAACCUCUGUAAGUCUUUCUCUAUGUGUUGCGACAUUUCUCACUGCUGUUAAUAACAAUUAUCGCUGUUGUUUCAUGAAUCCUAAAAGUUACUUGUCCAAUGUAAUUUCUUUAGCCGGUAAUUUUGUCUAAUUUGUCUUGCCUGUUAUUUUUUAUUUCACGGGACAAGUUGUAUUUCUUGUCCUCCUCUUUCAUAUCCCAUUGAUGUUUAUUCUCAUUAUGUUUUUUCCCUAAAUUUCAAACAGUUCGAAGUAGUGUUAAAACUAAACUGUAUGUUUUCUAAGUCAACCCAUACAUGUACAUAAAAGGUGUAUCGCUUUAGCAGUUUUAUACAUUUCAUAGCAGUUAUCGUGUACUGUACCUCUGAAAUAGAAAACGAAAUUUUUCUAUACUACUUUAUCUUUUGUUAAACUUUGGUUGCUCGUUUGUUGUUUGCAAGUCUGUUCGAAAUACACUUACAUUACAAUUAGUCUGAACAGAUUUAUUUAUUUUUUAAAUGAAUGUCGUAGUUCAUCUUCACACCGUAUGCGAAUAUUCUAUUGUAAAUGCAACUAUUGAUAAAUAAAUUCUUUACAUUCAGGUA